UCUACGAUUGGCGCUUGAAGAAAUGAAGUCAUAAUUUAAAUCAUGGUGAUAAAAAUUGUGCGAUAAAACUAAACGGUAUUGCAAGAUUUUUAAACAGUUGCACUGACUUUUGUAUCAUUAGUCUGGAGAUCAUCUCAUUUAAAACAGUUAUGGCAGAUAAGUCAAAAAACGGAACUAUGGAGGAUACGACUGGUUUCAGCACAUUUAACCCACAAGCAAACAAAAACGGUAAUCGGCAAGAAGAAAAUUGAAGAGGCUUUGGCCUUAAGAGAAAGACUGGAAAAAUGGAAAAAAGAAAGAAAAAAUAGAGAUCUGGGGAAGGAAAGACUUGUUACUAGUCGCCAGGUUCAGAGAAAUAUCUUCAGGCCAGUAGCAAAUGCCACAGUAGGUGCCCAAGCUGCUAUGGACUCCUGCAACAAGAGACGGUCAGUAGCAGCAGUCUUCACUUCUCAAGCAUCCAAUAUUUCUCAAGGUAAUACAAAGGCCCAUUGCUCAAGCAUGAAACCACCUAUAGGAAGACGACACAGUAUUUCUGGAUCAAAGCGGGCACUUAGUAAAAUAGAAAUACAAACAUCUUGCAAAAAAGUUCCUAAUAAAGAAAAUUCAAAUACUUUCAUAAAAGAUCACACAAAGAAGGUUGACUUCACUGACAAGCUUGAUAUCAAAGAGAGCAGGUCAGAAAAACAGUUGAAGGAUGAUCAAGAGAAGGAAGAAGAAAUAAUUGACAAAACGGAAGAUCUUAUAUUGGAUACACCUAAUAUCUGUGAGCAGAAACAGAUUGUUAACUGUGCAUUGAAGCUAUAUUCAUCUUCAACAACUCCAACAUCAAAGAAAAGACGAAUUUCCAUGUACCGUCCAUCUGAUCUUGUGGUCAGUUUUCCAAGGGAUUCCAUCAGUGGGGAGACAUUAAAACUUCAUCUAAUCUCACCUACAAUAGCUGAAAAUCCAUUGGCAAUCAACUCUGCAAACAAUGGUCCUAAAGGUAAUGAACCAGUUGCUUUGACGGAAAAUGUACACAUUGAAUCAGAAACUGGCUCACAGCAAGAAAAUGCACAUUGUAAACUUGUGAAGAGUAGCAGAUCAACAAGCGCAUCCCAGCAGUGUAGCACCGAUUCUUCUGUUUUGCUCAGUAAGGCUGCUGUUACCAAUGCGCCCAAAAUAGGAUCCUGUAAGACACCCAGGUUCAGCUAUAGUGCACAGUUUUUAAAGUCUAAGAGACGGUCUGUACCGACUACUCUUGCACAUGGUCAGACCUCUGGAGUAAAGUUGCAGAGUCACCAAGGCCUUCAAGCACCGAAUUUCUGUCAUCUUCAGAAGUCUGUCGCAGAGAAGACACCAAGCAGAAGCAUUCUCAAGCGUCGGUCAUAUUUCUGGGGAGAAGUGAAGUCUCAUACUGACAGUGGAGAUUCAGUUCCCACAGACUCCAAGGAUCAAGCAUUGUACUCUGAAGCCAAGCAAGAUGAUGGCCUCCCAGCAUCCAGAUGGCAAGAUGGGAAGGUGGAGGCAUGUGACCAGCAGCAUGUGGGGAAAAGUUCCAGCCAUGUGACCUUUGCAUCAGAUGUAGAGUCAAAGAAAAACAGCUCAACUUUCAGGAAAACUCCACUAACCAUCAGAGAUCAUAGAAAUGCUGAUCCAGUCAGACAUAAACCUAAUGAGUGGAUGGCAUGCAAACAUCAUACCCACAGAAUGAGACACAUUAGCUGCUUCCUGUCCCAAAACCCCAAAGAGGAGACGAGGCUACGACUGCAACUUAAACCUUCCAUGACAGUGAAACAGCUAUCUGAGCAGGAGGAUGCUCUAGUGGAAGAGGAGUUGAGAACAAAUCUGCUGGAGAAGUUUGAAUCACGGGAUUCAGUAGACUUGUCUCUAUACAAUUUCAGCUCUUCGCCACUUAUUGGUGCUUCUCAUGAAGACAAAACAAAAGAUGAUAAUGAUGAGCUUAAAAAGGAAACUGAUGUUAUAGCAGAAAUGGGAGAGAUGGGAAAAGACAAGGAAGUUCAUGUUGAAAAAGCUGUGCAGGAAAUGAACUUAGAGGAGAAUGACAGAGACAGUGAUGAGAAAUCGGAGUCUCCUGGAGUUGACAAGGGCAGAGAGGAAAUGUCAGAUAGCACAGACAUCAACGACCUCAGUCGUCUGGACGUUGACUUUGACAAAUGUCUGGCUGCUGUUGAAGAGGGCUUACUUUCUAGCACUGAUGCAAUAGAAUGGCUGGAUGCUGUGGCUGACUCCUUUUGUAAUGUGAAGCACAGUGUCAAGUGGUAUCAAUGCAGAGUUGCUGCUCUGCGAAUGUCUGGUGACACUGACAGGCUCUUGGCAACUUUUGAAGAGGCAAUCAUCAAUGAUGUCCAGACUAGAGUGAAACUGGCAUCAUUAGUGACAGAAACCAUGAAGAAGUUGUUGAGUUCUGGGAGGAGUCUGAAGAAAGGACGUUACUCAGUGGCAACACCUAAUUGUUUAGGUGGCAGCACCAGCAAAAGGCGAUCAACAUUUCACCACGUUCCGCUGGAAGAAGUCCAGCAGGAAAAUGUCUUUGAGUCAACCACUGUAAAGUACUCAGUGGUAGAAGUCACACCAUUUAAAAAGAGGCGCCGAUUGACAGAAGAAGGUGACCGCCUGGUAUCUGUCAUCACCCCUGUCCGUCGAUCAGCUCGGCUGAUUGCAGCACAAACCAAAUCUGUCAGUGAAAAGCGACCACCAAGAUAUCAAAAGGUUUACUCAACCCUCAAAGACAUUCCCAAGCAGGAGAAAGAAUGUAUGUUGUUCCAGCCAAACAAAGCAUUAAACCCAAUACUUAGUAGUGCAGACAACAGCUGCCUUGACCAGGACGAAGAGAUAAAGUCCCAAGAAGGUUAAUUUUGGGACGUCUGGUCGAAAUAUUUCUCUUGAGCAGUUGAUGAAUUCACUUGACCGAAAAAUUGUCAGUUCAUAAGGUGCUUUGCACAGGCACAUAUGAAACAAUAUUGAAUGCUUUAACUUCCAGAAGAUUUUAAAGGCUAAUCCAGAUCACAUAUGAAAUUACACUAACAUUUGCUGCCAGGUUAAAAGAACAUAGUUUAGUCAGUUUGUCAAAUUUGAGUGUUAUUCAAAACCUUUUAAGAUUACAUGAAUUGACCUAUAUUUUAACAUAUGAUAACACUUAAAUUGUAGACUUAGAUGACUUAGAAUUUAUGUUAAGGAGAUGUUUCUGUAGGAGGGAUUCUACUUUUAUAAAAAGAUGUCAAAUAAAAAAAAAUGCUUAACCUUUUAUAAAGUGCAGUUGAUGUUUGGAUAAUUAGAUGCUUAUUUCUUGGAAAUUGAAGUUAUUCGCUCAGAUUUCCUGUUUUUAUACAUUUGAAGAUAAAUGUUACAUGCAGAGUGUCUAUGACCAAAAUCUCUGGAAGAAAUAUUUUAAAAAUGUAGCAGUGAAAGCUAAGAAGUUUAUUUGAAGUUCAUUUAUUGAUCAAUUUGAUGAUCCUAUUGUUGAUUUGAUCAUUAUUAUCCCCAUGUGCUACAAAGUUUUUGAGAAGAUGUUAUGUGGAGUUACCUGCACUAAAUUUUUGUUGAGCAGAUGGACUGAUAAAGUUUGCCAUAGAAGCCUUUGCAUAGCAACAGAUAGUAGAUUCUGCAUUGUCCAGUCUGUCCACUGUUAUGUUCACUGUUGACAUGUGUAAAUAAAUUUCUCCAUUUAGUAACCUUUGGAAACAAAUGUCGUAGAAGUACAUGUGCAUGCUGCAAUUGUAAUUUCAUUUGAAAAUUAUUUAAUCUUUGCUGUGAAUUUGUUUGUUGACAUAGUCUAAGAUAGCAAGAGUUGUAGCCUCACAUUAGACACAUUGUCAUGGCUGCUAGAUGUUGAUUGGUCUCCCUUGGAUUAAACUGCUAUGUUAUGUAGUGUAGACUAGGUAGGCUAAUCCUCUGUGCACAUAUUUGUCUCCUGUAAUAUGCGAUGCAACAUCGUGGGUAUAAAUAUUCCAGAGAAAUAGUUGCGAAUCACUUUUAUGAAGUGAAAAGUUCAGCUACUUGUUUCCCGUUUUUCUUUUGUGCAAUAUGUUUAUACAUUGGGCAUGGUGCUUUUGACUUUUAAAGACGACAUUAAUACUUGGGUAUUCGAUUCCUUGUUUUUUAAACAUACUAUCUCGUUUCUCUGUCAUCUGCAGGGAAAUGAAAAUAAGACGACCAAAAGUUUAAAUUCUUGAUGAAAUGUUUUUGCGAUGUUAUUUGAUUUUUUAGUCGAAGUUUAUUGAUUAAUGGUAACAUGGCUUUUAACAUUUUUUUUUUUUGCUAAUUGUAAAUUAAACAUUUAAAGUUUGAAAUGUC